AUGCACAGUUAUCAGCAGGGCAGUCACUUGAGAUCAGGUUCAGACAGUAGGAGACCCCAUCAUUCCGGUCGUCCCAGAGGGAGAUCACUGCAGCAGGGGAGGGCUUCAUGCCCCAAGUGUGGGAGGGUCCAUUCCGAGACUUGUUAUUUGGACAUUCUGGUGUGUUAUAGAUGCGGGGCGAGAGAUCAUAUCCAGCGGGACUGCCGUGCGCCCAGUCAGGGCAUGGGUGGGGGAUUUGCUCAGUCAUCUAGUUCUUCAGCUGCCACAUCAUCCGUGCGUCCUCCAGCCCCAGCAGGGCGCGGGGUAGUUAGGGGUGGAGCUCGUGGUAGAGGUGUAUCCAGCCGGUUUUACGCCUUGAGUGGUCGCCAUAGUGCAUAG